CUCGCCGACACCAGUCCCGCACUGUCUGGCCGCGGCUCGCCGCGGCUGCCGGGGCGGGACGGCGGCUCGCAGGAGGGCGACGGAAGCUGGCGCCCGAUCACAGGAGGCAGGACACCGCUGCGGCGAAGGCCAGGCCGCCCAUGAACCCGAGGUACACCGCGAGGCUCAUGGCGCCGGCGGUGUCGCUCUUCUGGGUGGCGGGCACAGCCUCCAGGGCGACGACGGUGCUCCAGCUGCCCCCGAGGGCGCCCGCGGACACGAAGGGCACCCACACGACGGAAAAAGGCCGCCCUCGAGAGCCACGGCUCGGGCCGCAGGGCCUCCUGCACGAGCAGGCCCCAGGCGGGCACGCGGCACAGCUGCAGCAGCACGUUGAGCGCCAGGUGCAGCCUCAGGCGCCGCGGGUGCGGCACGGCGUAGAAGGCGCUGCGGCCGAGGAAGUCCGAGAGCAGCUUGGAGAGGACGAUCUGCUGCCCGAGCCCAUGUCCGCGUGCGCCAGCCUGUCUGCAAGGGGCGUGAGGGACAUGUUCUGCGCCACGGCGGCCCACUGGCACGCCCGGAUGGCCAGCGCGAAGGCCCGGGAGGGCUCGGGGGAAUCUCCGGCGGAGGCGCCGGCGCCGCAGGACCGCUGCUCGAUGAGCUCGCCGUGGUGCUCGUAGGCGGCGUCCAGGAUGCCCGCGCGCUGGCUCCAGUGGUAGAGGGCGCAGGGGACGACCGCGAUGGACACUGCGCCCCCGAAGUACGAAGACACGGCUGCGUCGGAGCACCCGGGGGCGAAGCGGAAGAUGCCGGCGGCGACGUUCACGUACGCGCCAGAGGCCGUCUGGCCGAGGUAGAACCAGCCCGUGAGCAUGGGAGACAGCGUCCCGAAAAACUGCGAAGGCAGAGGCGCGAAAAGCUGCAUAAGCAUGACCUUGCCAAGGGCGUCCUAGAUAGGGUCCGAGUUCAGUCGGGCCGCUGAAAGAAGGAACGGUAAAUAAGGAACGAAUCCCCUUCGUGGCCCUGUAAGCGCCUCCGUGCCCCAGGAGGG